GGCGGCGCAUGCGCGGCCCGCGGGCUACCCGGCUCCGCCCCGCGCGCACUAUUUAAUCCCAGAAUCCCUCUGUGUCGCACCAAACGGCCGCAUAGUUCCGAGGCUGCGGAGGCCGGGCGCGGUGGCGUCAAGAUGGCGGCUGCGGCAGUGGCGGCAGCGGCGGCGGCGGCCGCGGCUGCAUCUCUUCAGGUACUGGAGAUGGAGAGCAUGGAGACGGCCGCUGCCGGCUCGGCAGGCCUGGCCGCCGAGGUCCGAGGCAGCGGCACGGUGGACUUCGGGCCUGGGCCAGGGAUCUCUGCAAUGGAGGCGAGCGGGGGCGAUCCGGGCCCAGAAGCCGAGGAUUUCGAGUGCAGCUCUCACUGUUCAGAGCUGUCCUGGCGGCAGAACGAGCAGCGACGCCAGGGCCUCUUCUGCGACAUUACCCUGUGCUUCGGCGGGGCUGGAGGCCGCGAGUUCCGGGCCCACCGCUCGGUACUGGCUGCCGCCACCGAGUACUUCACGCCCCUGCUCUCGGGCCAGUUUUCCGAGUCCCGCUCGGGACGGGUGGAGAUGCGCAAGUGGAGCUCCGAGCCGGGGCCCGAACCCGAUACUGUGGAAGCCGUUAUCGAGUACAUGUACACCGGGCGCAUCCGCGUCAGCACGGGCAGCGUGCACGAGGUGCUGGAGUUGGCCGACAGGUUCCUACUCAUUCGUUUAAAAGAAUUUUGUGGAGAAUUUCUCAAGAAAAAACUUCAUCUCUCAAAUUGUGUGGCAAUUCAUAGCUUAGCCCACAUGUACACCCUGAGCCAACUUGCUCUGAAGGCUGCUGAUAUGAUACGGAGAAAUUUCCACAAAGUGAUUCAGGAUGAAGAAUUUUAUACGUUACCUUUCCAUCUCAUUAGAGACUGGCUUUCAGAUUUGGAAAUUACAGUUGAUUCUGAAGAGGUUCUCUUUGAAACCGUUUUGAAAUGGGUUCAGAGAAAUGCUGAAGAGAGAGAGAGAUACUUUGAAGAACUUUUUAAAUUGCUCAGGUUGUCCCAGAUGAAACCUACCUACCUUACUCGACAUGUCAAACCAGAGAGGCUGGUAGCCAGUAAUGAAGUUUGUGUCAAGUUGGUGGCUGACGCAGUGGAGAGACAUGCUCUGAGAGCUGAGAAUAUACAAUCGGGCACAUGCCAGCACCCCACUUCUCAUGUCUCACUCUUGCCUCGUUAUGGGCAAAACAUGGAUGUGAUCAUGGUUAUUGGAGGUGUGUCAGAAGGAGGGGACUAUUUAAGUGAAUGUGUGGGGUAUUUUGUUGAUGAGGACAGAUGGGUAAACCUGCCACAUAUUCAUAAUCACCUCGAUGGACAUGCUGUUGCAGUAACAGAAUCCUACGUGUAUGUUGCUGGAUCAAUGGAGCCAGGGUUUGCUAAAACUGUUGAAAGGUAUAACCCAAAUUUGAAUACUUGGGAACAUGUUUGUAGUCUGAUGACAAGAAAGCAUUCUUUUGGACUAACAGAAGUCAAAGGGAAGCUCUAUAGCAUUGGAGGACAUGGCAACUUUAGUCCUGGUUUUAAAGAUGUGACUGUUUAUAAUCCUGAGCUUGAUAAAUGGCACAACUUGGAAUCGGCACCAAAGAUUCUUCGAGAUGUCAAAGCACUAGCCAUUGAAGACCGGUUUGUAUACAUUGCCGCCCGCACUCCUGUAGACCGGGACACUGAAGAUGGAUUAAAGGCUGUAAUUACUUGCUAUGAUACAGAGACUCGACAGUGGCAAGAUGUGGAAUCUUUGCCCCUUAUUGACAAUUACUGCUUUUUCCAAAUGUCUGUGGUCAAUUCAAACUUUUAUCAGACAGCAUCAUGUUGUCCCAAGAGUUAUUGUUUAGAAAACGAAGAAGCAGUAAGAAAAAUUGCCAGCCAAGUGUCUGAUGAGAUCCUUGAAAGCUUGCCUCCAGAAGUCCUAAGCAUUGAAGGAGCAGCCAUUUGCUAUUACAAAGAUGAUGUCUUCAUUAUAGGAGGCUGGAAAAACAGCGAUGAUAUUGAUAAACAGUAUCGGAAAGAAGCCUACCGAUACUGUGCUGAGAGGAAGAGGUGGAUGCUUCUUCCUCCUAUGCCACAACCUCGUUGUAGAGCCACUGCUUGUCACGUGAGGAUCCCAUACCGGUACUUGCAUGGCACACAGAGAUAUCCUAUGCCUCAAAACCUGAUGUGGCAGAAGGACCGCAUCAGACAGAUGCAAGAGAUACAUCGUCACGCCCUGAACAUGCGGCGAGUGCCAAGCUCUCAGAUAGAAUGCUAGGUUCUCUCAAGCGUACCAGUUAAAACUGUUAUACCCGUUUCGUGAAGCUGAAGAUAUCCAGGCUGUUACUUGAAAAAGUAUGUCGAUAACUUAUUUUCUACGUGAACUGAUUAUUACCCCAUAUAAAGGAAAUAGAGUUAAAAACUAAAGAAUGGGAGACUCAGUUCAAUACAUGGUCAUUUUGUUAGCUUGCAAUUUUUGUCUUUGGUUUGUUUGUUUGUGCUAGCUAAGUAAGAUCUUACUAAGGACAAGUGGGAAAAUCAGGUGUAGUUGCUUAGCUGUUUUCCUGCCAAUUGAGUUAUAACUCCUUUGUCUUGGGGACUUACGUUUUGAACAUGCUUUAAGCACCAAUUUUAUUUGCACAUUUACUUUGAUAUUCUUUUUGAUUUUUUAUGAAAUGAUUGGUUUUGGCAAGAUCUGACUUCUGCAUUGAGCCCUCAUCUGCAGGAGGCAUGUGCAAUAGUGAGACUGAAAUUUGGAUGAAAACACUCAAUAUUUCAGCAAGAUAAUUUGAGAAUGUUUGCAUUGAUAUUUUCUUAUGUUUAUCUAGAAGUGCCACUUUCGUUCCUAGAAGAUGUGACUGAUGAGAAAUUUUUGAUUGGCUCAUGCAUUUUUUGAAUAUUUUUCAUUAGCAACUGUUUAUAGACUAAGCCUUCAAUCUGAGCUGAGGGUAGUUGGCAGAAGUAUAGAUCUUUAGCUAAUUGACUAAAUACAGAGCAAGUUACAUGUGUGAAUUUUGUUUUCUCUAAGAAGAAAAGUAUUCGUGUAGACUGAGAAAUUAAAGGCAUUUAAAAUUUUAAACAUUUUUUUCAGGAGUUGCAGGAUUACUUGAGGAUAUGUUAAUGAGUGUAAAUAAUGCCUAUGACAAUCGACACUCAAUGCCUUCCAUUUUAAUUUUUGCUCUAAUGCAUAUUAUAUAGAAUCAUUAUUCCUUUGGGGUUUUUUUGUUUUUUUUUGAGACAGAGGCUUGCUCUUGUUGCCCAGGCUGGAGUGCAGUGGUGCAAUCUCGGCUCACUGCAACCUCUGCCUGCCGGGUUCCAGUGAUUCUCUUGCCUCAGCAUCCCGAGUAGCUGGGAUUACAAGUAUCCACCACUACGCCCGGCUAAUUUUUGUACUUUUAGUAGAGACGGGGUUUCACCAUGUUGGUCAGGCUGGUCUUGAACUCCUGACCUCAGGUGAUCCGCCCACCUCAGCCUCCCGAAGUGCUGGGAUUACAGGCGUGAGCCACCGCGCCCAACCCAUUAUUCCUUUGUACAAGAAACUUUUUUUUUCCCCAAAAUGGGAAGUCAUAAUUUAGAGAAAUGUUGCUAAAGAGAAGCCUUAUUAUUUCUGAUUGUUAUGUUUUAUCCAGUUGCCCUACACUUUUAAACUUUGCUUGAGCCUAGGAUACCAAAUUUGGGUACGUAAUUUUGGCUUUUAAAGGUUUAUGGGCUGGGCACAGUGGCUCAUGACUGUAAUCCCAGCACUUUGUGGGAGGCUGAGGUGGGCAGAUUUUGAGCCCAAGAGUUCAAGACCUGCCUGGGAAACAUAGCAAGACCCUGUCUCUAGAAAAAGUACAAAAAUUAGCUGAGUGUGGUAGCUGGCACGUGCCUGUAGUCCUUCCUACUUGAGGCCAAGGUGGGAGAAUCAGCAGAGCCUGGGGAGGUUGAGGGUGAAGUGAGCUGUGAUCAUGCCCCACUACCCUGGGUGACAGAAACACAGUGUCUGAAAUAAAAAUUAAAAAGAUCACCGAAGCUAUCUUUUAUUUAGUUUUAUACAUUGUUCUAAUUAUCUUAUGUCUCCUGAGCUUUAUAAAAGUUAGCACUCAAGUUGACUUUUUUUUGGGGGGGGGUGGGGGGAUGGGGUCUCACUUUGUCACCCAGGUUGGACUGCAGUGGUACGAUCUUGGCUCACUACAACCUCCACCUCCUGGACACAAGCCAUCCUCCCAUCUCAGCCUACUGAGUAGCUGGGACUACAGGCAUGCGCCACCAUGCCCAGCUAAUUUUUUUUUUGUAUUUUUGGUAGAGACAGGGUUUCGCUAUGUUGCCGAGGCUGGUCUCCAACCCCUGGGCUCAGGAGAUCCACCCGUGUCAGCCUCCCAAGGUACUGGGAUUACAGGUGUGAUCCACCACACCUGGCCUCAAAUUAACUUUUUUUUUUCUUUUUUUUGAAACAGAGUCUCGCUUUGUCACUCAGGCUGGAGUGGCGUAAUCUCAGCUCACUGCAACCUCCACCUCCCGGGCUCAUGCGAUUCUCCUGCCUCAGCCUCCUGAGUAGCUGGGAAUGCAGGCGCGUGCCACCACGCCCGGCUAAUUUUUGUAUUUUUAAUAGAGAUGGGGUCGCACCAUGUUAGUUAGGCUGGUUUCGAACUCCUGACCUCGUGAUCCUCCCACCUCAGCCUCCCAAAGCGCUGGGAUUACAGGCGUGAGCCACCAUGCCUGGCCCUCAAAUUGACUUUAAUGCUCGGUUAGUAUAAAGGAUUCCUAACAGCUUACAAUGUGGUUUUCUUGUUUUUGUUGUUGUUGUUUUGUUUUGUUUUUUUUUAAGAUAUGAGGUCUCACCUUAUUGGCCAGGCUGGUCUCAAGCUCCUUUCCUCAAGCAACUCUCCCACCUUGGCCUCCCAAAGAGCCACCUGCCCAAUGAUUUAUCCUGUUUCUUAAGGACUGUCUUUACCUUCUUAGACAUUUUGGAAUACCAUUCUAGAAGUCAAAUUCCAAGUGCAGUGAUUUUUUUUUUUCCCCUAGUCCAUUAUAGUUAAUCUUCUUGUUAGUGAUCAAAUACCAAAAGAGAAAAGCACAACCAGAAAUUUUGGCUAUUUGCUGCAAGACUAAUAGUUUUAGGUCUUGGGCUCUAUACUAAGAACUUGAAAUUUUUAAAUUAGUGUCCCUGCCUAGGUGAAAAGUUUUUAAUAAAUGUGUUGAAAAUCAACUUUAAAUCCAUUUAAUUUAGACUGGAGUGGGCGUGAGAAACUGCAAGUCUAUUUCUACAUAUAAGGAUAUAUUAUUUUACCCCACUACUACCUUUUUCUCAAUUUCCAUUUCUUUGUAGUUAUUUUAAUAAAAGCCAUUUGGAUUCUGAGAAGCACUAAUUCUUAGUUGUGAGAGGUCUAUGCAUGUAAGACAGAAUCAUUAAAUGAAGCUCAUUAAAUGGAGUUCUCAUUUCUCUCCAAUAGACUAUGCUAACAAACUUCCUUUUGUUGAUUGUGUUUAAAUAAUUUAGUAUCUCACUACAAUAACAGUUUUUCACUGGAAGGAUGUGAUGUGUUUUUUGUUUUUUUGUUCUCAGAGCUAUCUUCUGAGGUAAUCAUUACCAAGUCAUUUGUGGGGUUGUGUUUUUUUCACAUGAUGUGACAGAAAUUAUAACUCAUAAGAUUUAGGCAUAAUCUGGUUUUAAAACCUUGAUUGAAACUGUUGUUUUUUAACUUAGCAGGCAGCCUAGGCCACGGCUGAAAAGAAGGGGUAAGUCCUUCAUUGCAUGAUGAUGUGUGCAGGUUUCCCUGAAUUUCUAAUUUUUAUAUUUGAAUUCACAUGUGUAAUUUCACAUCAAUAACUUGUGUUUCUGAAAUAUCCUAACUAACUUGUUAAUAAGGAAAGAAACCAGAUUUGCUUAAAUCUGUUCAAGGCUGACAUUCUGAAAUUCUUAACUGGAAAUAACUUCCCAGAGUAUUUGGAAAGGUUCUAAUUACAAGGAUUAGGCCUAAAAUAGCUCCUUGGGAAAGAAGUUUCCUUGUUGAUGAGAAAACUUAAAAGAUUCUUUUUGGUAAUGUAAGCAGUUAAAAAUAUGACUUUAGCAAGACAGCUUAAUGCGUAUUCAAGCAAACCUUUGUUUUGUUGCUUUCCUUUUGUUUGUAGAAGAGAGAGGAAGUCAUUAUACCAAAAAGUAAUAGUUACAUAACUUUGAGUGAGGCUACUUACAUCUUAGAAUGGGUAUCCUUGAACUAUAUCUACCGCUCCAUGGCUUAAAAAAAAAAUCAGUGGUAUAUAUUGAGAAUGUCAGUCAUGAGCUUAGUGUUUAAGUAACACAUCCCACUUACAGUUGUUUGCAUGAUUAGUCUUGUGUAUCAUGAUAUUCAACUUUGCGUUUGCUGUGCCAGUUCAAAAGUAACUUUUUUGCUAAAAACUCUUAAAAUUCAUGACAUAAGUUUUGUUUUGAUCACCUGGUUUUAUAUAGUAUUUCUGGGACCAAAAAAUUUAAAUAUACCUUUUUAAUAUAGAACAGAAGUUUGAAGCUGGAAAGAUAGUGUUUAUGGAAGAUUUGUGUGUUUUUGUUUUUUUAAACCCGUCAGGCUGCUGGUAAGGCAGUUUCUAGGGCUAACUUUUCCUCCUUACCUCUUGACUAGUGUAGCAUGUGGUAUGUUUAAAAUACUUCAUUUUCUGCUUCGUAAUUCUAAUAUCAACACUACACUGUAUGUAGACAGGUGAGCUGAAUGGUAUGUUUUAGUUAUUUGGUCUAAUCAAGCAUAACUAAAGGGACUUCUUUUUUGGUACUUUUCUCAAAUUAAGUUUAAAUAUAGUAUACUGGCCAUAUUUCAUGUCUUUGAAAGUUUACAUUACUGUAAACCAAGUACUCUGUCUACACCAGAGGCUGCUUUAACUAUAAAAUAUUUGAGAAACAAUUCAGUCUCUCCUGAACUCUCAAACAUUUUGGCACAGUUCAUCACUCCAGUUUGUUACUUUCUUGAGAAUAGUCCUUUUUUGUUUUUGUUAUUAUAACGUAUGUUCUGGUCAUUGGAAACAGAACAGCUCAUAGUUGAGUGAUGUAAUAUAAUAACAGUAAUAUAACCUAGUAGUCAUUUUGCUUCAAGGAAUUUAAUUAGAUAGCAAAAUCACUGCUGUUUAUUACAUUUGUAGGGCUUUUUGUCUUACUCAGUGACCAUCACUACGAAUGUCUUAUAUUGAAGCACAGACUGCAGAGCACUUGUUAACUUAAUCCUCCUGCAUAAUGCACUCGUGAAAAGUGGUGCUUGCUAGGUGUUUGAAGAUUUUAUGAUCCAUGUGCUUGGGCUCGUUGAGUUAUUUGUAAAAUAAACAUUUAGUUUGAGUUGAUGCAGUGAGUUUUUUGGGCUAGUAGUAUCCAGGUCCCUACUCUACUGAAAAUGUAAUCUUCACUAUUUCCCUUUAAGUCAGAGGAGAUGUAGUAGUUAGAACACCUUGAGACAUUACAUUGUAAAAUAGCUCAUUUUAUGUUCCUGAAGCUAUCUUGUUCUCUGUUAAAGCUACUAAUUGUCUCAGUGUAAGUUUUAAAUAAAUAUAUUUCUUUAAA